UUCUCUUCAACGCACACGGACAACAUUUAACGACGGACCGGUGAACUUCCGGUCCGGGUGUCAACAGAACCACGCGUGCUUUCUAUCCCUUAAGAUGCCGAAGCCUGGAAAAGGAAAUGCAAAAUCCUCGGAGAAGGUUGUUCAUCCUUACAGCAGGAAAGCAGCUUACCUCGCCCGGGAAGAAAUCCGACUGAAAAAAAAAGAUAGGCAGAGGAGCGACAAAGCAACGCGUCUGAACAGCAUUGGUGAGAAGCUCUUGUGGUUUCAGGAGCAGUUGGAUCCAGAAAAGAAAACUUACUCCAGAAAAGAGGCCUGUGACCUUGUUGAAAGAUACCUGCAAAGGUUUGAUUCAGAACUCGAGCAGAUUGAGCUGAUGAACGGGAUCAAAGGUCGGCAGGGUCGUCUCCACGGCGCCAGAGAGGCCGUCAUCAAGCAGACCAUCGAGCGAGAGCGAGCGCUGUAUGAGGGCAUCGGGUUCGAGAUUCCAGACAUCAUCAAUGGGAAGCAUCUGAAAACAUUCAGCGAGUGGACAGGUGACCUGAAGAAACUUCCUAAUCUGAAGCUACGCAAGGUGUCUAACAAAGGUCUGGAAACAAAGAAUGACGAAGAGGAUAAACACGAAGAAGCAGAAGAGGAUAAACGCGCAGAGGAAGAUGAGGACGAGGAUGAUGAUGAGCAGCUGGAUGAAAAGGUGCUGAUGUCGGCUUGACACUGCAGCUCUUCCAAUUUGACUGUAGCCCAAAGCUCUGUGUGUCAAUUCAGCACAGCUCACUGGAUUACUCAAUUCAGAAAAUACCCCUUUUAUUUAAAAAAAAAAAAGUGUGUUUUGUUACUUUGUGGGAAACUGCUGCUGCUCCACAAUUGUACCGAAUGUGAUGCUGAAACUAAAGUUCUAUCAGUUUGUCUUCUUGUUGCAUCAGUGACUUCAAACCAGCAUGUAAAGGGGUUCU